AUGCGGACCAUCCAGCUGUUCAACUCGGAGGCUCAAGCCAACUACAAGAAAGCGGGUCGGGUUGCAAUGAAGAAUGCUGAAGAGGAUGACAUCAUCCCUAAAGGACAGUGUGGGUCACGGAAGCAGCACCAGUCCAUUGAUCUCGCCCUUUCCAAACGAUUGAUCUGGGACUCGAUCAUCCUGGAACGACGGUCUUCCGGCUGGAUCUCGAACGACGCGAAGUCUUGCUUCGAUCGCAUCGUUCACUGGGUGGCGAAGACGGCCUUGCGGAGAUUCGGCCUGCCGGUCACUGUCACCAACCUAAUGUUCGAUAUCUUGGCAAAGGCUAAACACAGGGUCCGAACUGGCUUUGGAGACUCGGAUCGGACCUUUGGGCCCACUGGCGAUGUUCCCUUCCAAGGCUGCGGCCAAGGCAACGGCGCCGGCCCUUGCAUCUGGGUUGCCAUCAGUGCCAUCCUCAUUGACGCCAUGGAGGCCGAGGGAUUUGGGUACAAGAGCCGAACUGCCCUCACCAACGAGGAGUUCUUCGCUUCGUGCUUCUGCUUUGUUGAUGACACCGAUGUCAUGGAGUCCAACGACAACGUGGAGACGACUGGCGAAGACCUCCUCCCUUCGGUACAAUCGGCUUUGGACCUUUGGUUGGGUAGCAUCAGUGCCACUGGUGGAGCUAUCUACCCGGCGAAGUCCUUCUGGUGGCUGAUUGAUUUCAAAUGGCGGCCGUCCUCUGGCACGCGGGUGUUUCGAAGGAAGGCUGAAAUGCCUGGCAAACUGACCCUCCAAGACCCUACUGGGCCGUGGGCGACACUACGACGCCUCCAACCCGAUGAAGCUGAACGGACCCUGGGGGUCAUGAUGGCCCCACUUGAGACCGGAACUGCACAACACCUUGCCCUGCGGGAGAAGGCCAAGAACUGGGCAGCCAAGUUCCGUCCCCAACACCUACUUCGCUAUGACGUUCUUCCCUUGCUCAAGGCAACCGCCUUGAAAACUUUGGAGGAUUGGGUAAUUGAAAAAGAAAAAAAAAAGGCGGAAUGCUUUGUUCCGGUUGGAACCGUCCCCAGCGAGGGCCAUGGCAGUAUGCCUUCUGCCAAAGAGCAGCAAGAAGCGGAAGGCUUCGUUCCAGUUGGAACCGUCCCCAGAGAGGGCCAAGGCGGUAUGCCUUCUGCCGAAGAGCAGCAAGAAGCGGAAUGCUUCGUUCCCGUUGGAACCAGCGCGAUCGAUCUCUCGUCCAAAACCGGUUCGUCCAAUCUCCAGAUAAUGUAUCCUGCUCAAAAAUACUCGUACAAUCCUCCACAUGAAUCGUUUUCUCCACAAGAUGAACAAAACUUGCACUCCUCCACAUGA